AUGAACCCCCUUACCCCAGAGCAAGUGGCCUCCUACCACGAAAAUGGCUACCUUCUCCUGCUCGCCGAAGAGCACCAGCUGGUGGACCCGGUGGCGUUGAAGCAAUGGACAGAAGAAAUCAAAGCCUGGCCUCGUGUCAAGGGUAAGUGGAUGCCUUAUGAUGAGAUCAACAUCAACGGCGAGCGCCAACUCAUGCGCACCGAGCGGUUUAUCGACUUCCAUCCUCAGUACAAGGAGCUCGUGUGUGGCCAGAAGCUGGGUCAGAUCCUCAAGGCCGUCUCUGGCGAGGAUAUGCUCCUCUUUAAAGACAAGAUCAACUACAAGCAGCCCCACGGCAAUGGCUUCCAGGCUCACCUCGAUGCUCCGGCGUACGACCAUAUCGGCCGCAUCGAGCAUGUCACGGCUAACCUCGCCAUUGACGCCGCCACCAUUGAGAACGGGUGUCUCGAGGUCGUACCUGGGUCUCACCGUAUGGAAGUUGAAUUUGCCCAAGGCGGGCGUAUCAAACCCGAGUGGGAGCACGCCCAUGAAUGGGUCAUCAUUCCUCUGCAGCCGGGGGACUUGCUGAUCUUUGGCUCACACCUUGCGCACCGCUCUGCAGCAAACAGGACCGAGAAGAGCCGCUCAAGCCUCUAUGCUACUUUCCACUCGAAGAAGGAUGGUCUAGACUUGAGGGAAAAGUAUUACAAGCAUCGGAUGGAGAUGUUUCCUCCUGAGCAUGAGCGUGAGGAAGGCAAGGAUUAUUCACAAGGCUAUAAGACCUACGGAUUUGCGGCCCCUUUCACCAGGCUUGACCAGAAUGCUGCUCCUGCGGUUGGGGCAGAGCAUUAG